CUUUUUGGAGAUAAUAUAUCUGACAUAUCAAAACAUAAUGUAAAAAGCCCAUUAAAUGAAGUGAACAAAGCUGAAGUAAAGAAUCAAACUCGAACUUGACAAAAUGGCUGGAUCUAAAUUAACCUGCUGUAAAUGCCGUCUGAAUUUACUCUGGUCGAUUUGGUACUGUGCCCUAGUUCUUGGAGCGCAAGGAUAUCUGGUAUACAGAGCAGUGCAAAGGGUCCAGUAUUUUAACCAAGUAACAUGGCAACGGGACAAUAAACCAACAAUUCAAAUCGGGAUAUACAUCGGCUUUAUUGGACUAUCAGUACUUUGUAUGCCAUUUUUUGUCUGCUGCGCUCUUAUGAAAAUUGGAAACUAUGCGAACGAUGGUGUUAAACUUGGGAGAGACUAUGAAAAAACUCAAGGAGUUGGGGAGACUGACAGACCCAGUAGAUUGAAGUGUCUGUGGCAGUUGAUGGGGCCUCCAGCACAAUUUUUCCAUAUUCUGUCAGCAUUUCUGUUGCUAGUGCCAACAGUGUUCCUGGAGGGUGAAGAGGUCAAGCAAGGGAUGAAACAUCCAAAUGCUGCCUGGUCCUCCGAAUUGGGCUUUAUAUUCGGCAAUAGUGCCAAUGACCAUGUUAACCUCAAUGCAACAUCUGGUGGAGCAGCCCUAUUAGGGUCACCUGUAUACAGCAAUGUACCAUCCCCAGAGUGGUUCAACUAUGUUGCCUCCCUAUUGGUCCUCUCUGUGCGCUACCCUAGUGUCUUCUGGUACACAAACAAACCCUUCAGUGCGAUAUUCUCCAUUAUGCUACUCAUCAACACUGCCAUCUAUCUGUUAUCUCAUACUGGAUUUACUGUACUUUAUAAAUUAUCAUGCACAGCUGGGAAGCUGAAUCAAGAGAUUGGUACUGUGUUACCAAGCAGUGCCGUUGCCCUGCUUUACUUCUUCUCCAAUUCAGUCGUCUACUUCUCCAUGAUUGCUAUAUUUCUGUAUGGUUACUUUCACUAUAUGGAGCAUUUCAGGAAGUACCGAGCAGUUGUGCACUCCGCGUAUGUUAAACCAGCCAAUGAGGUUCAAAGUAGUUGUCUUGGUUAUCUACCCCAUAUCGUUGCCACGGUGAUGUUGUUGCUAAUGGCUGCUGGGAAGUCACCCCUUGUCUAUGACUAUGUUAGUGUGUAUAGAGAGACAUAUGACAGUCUCAUGCUUGCUUGCAUGAUUGCAGAUGUCUCCUUUAUGCUGCUCUGGGUUCUAAUGUGGUUUGGAUUCACACUGAAACUAAACUGGGUUUUCAAAGUGAGCAAUGGAGCAUUCAUUGAGCCAAAAACAAACCUGGUAUGUGGUUCCCAUGGAGAACAGCUCAAACCCCAAUCCCAACAAGCAACAGAGGAGGUUGCCCUGGCAACUGAUGCAGCAAAUAGGCAAAGUAGCAACCACACCAUUGCAGUUGUAGCUGAAACCAAUGAGGACUCAUUAGAUAGUUCAGAUCAGCCAGAAUCUUCUCAAUUACUGCAUCAGAACGCAACUCAGAGACUAAAACAAUCCAAGCUGAAUAAAGCACCAAACCAACGUGUCACAUUCGAAGAUGAUGAUACCAAAUUAAAACGUGUAGCUAAUGGUGUUAGACCUCCAACAACUGGAGAGGGGUCUGAUGUAAGGGCUGCUGGAAGUAGGAGGGUUACAGGGGGCAGCUGUCAGGAACUUUCAGCUACUUCCCCCAAUUUUAUAGGAACAUCUACCCCAGAGAAUACCCUAACAAGGCAAUAUAGACAUAGCCUGCGUAGUAAAUGUGGCCAGUACUUCUAUAGCGAUGAAAACUUAGGAGCAUGUAUACCCGAAGAAGAGGACAAUUUUAACCAUAAUGCAAUGAGUCAGAGGAACUCAAUCGCCAGGGCAUCUUUCCCAAGGACAGUCCCCACAGUAAUGCCACAAAGGAACAGUAGUGGUAGCAAUUAUGCUCAGUACAACAUAAGUAAUCCAAACAUAAACACAAACCAUCUUUAUGGUAACUAUGGCAACCCUGCAUUGUUACAUCAGUAUGCAAGCAAUAUGAAUCAGAUGCAACAAAUGCAAGCCCCAGCUUUACCACCAAAAAGAGGCACAAAGCGUAAUUACUCAGAUGAUAUCGUAGGAAACAACAAUGAAGGAUUUUAUGAAAAUAUUGUAAGAAAUGUACCAGUGGGGAAAUCUCCGAACCCAAAGCUAGGUUAUGCUGGGGCUAAUGCCUCUAUGGCAGUUCCCAAAAGGCAUCCAAUGUAUGACAGACUACCUGACCCCCCUAGGGAGUUAAAAAUUGUUAUGAGAGGUAAACAGAACAUUGGUCGACGUGAUUCAGCUAAUUAUUCAUUAACCUCAUCUCAGGAAACUUCUUCAACUGAAUCGGAAUCUCCUAAUAUGUUAUGUAGCCAAGUGUAGUGGAACAACUUUUGAUAAAAUAGAAAUCUGGUCAUGCAGUAAUAAACAAUUUUAUCUCCCCCAUUGAAUUGAACUAAUGCUUCAGUCACAUUUGAUAUAUGGCA